AUGCCGCCCCGGACGAGAGCGGGGGUGCAAAGCCAGAAACAAAAGGAAAAGCUUGCCAAUUCCUACAAUGAACUCCUCGAGGAGUUUUCGUCGAAGGACCUCCGGAGCGUGGGAAAUUACACCCUUGGGCGCUUAAUUGGGAAAGGCUCCUUCGGAAAAGUCUAUCUCGCAUCGCACAAACUCACCAAUGGUUCAAAGGUGGUUCUGAAGUCAUCGAGCAAAGAGGAUACGAAUCUCGCGCGCGAAAUCCACCAUCAUCGCCAGUUUCUCCAUCCCCAUAUUGCGCGACUGUAUGAAGUCGUCGUGACGGAGAGUUUGGUAUGGCUGGUGUUAGAAUACUGUCCUGGUGACGAGCUGUACAAUUACCUCCUCCGACAUGGCCCUCUCCCCGUCGAGAAAGUGAAACGAAUCUUCACUCAGCUGGUGGGCGCGGUCGCCUACGUGCACAGCAAGUCAUGUGUGCAUCGAGACCUCAAGCUUGAGAACAUACUGUUGGACAAAAAUGAGAAUGUCAAGCUCUGCGACUUUGGGUUUACCCGCGAGUAUGAAGGCAAGGCCAGCUACCUGCAAACCUUUUGCGGGACAAUCUGCUAUAGCGCCCCGGAAAUGUUGAAAGGAGAGAAGUAUGCCGGCGAAAAGGUCGAUGUAUGGAGCCUAGGUAUCAUUCUCUAUGCGCUGCUGGCGGGCGAGCUUCCCUACGAUGACGACGAUGACCAAGUCACCAAAACGCGAAUCCUUUCAGAGGAGCCCAUCUAUAACGAAAAAUUUCCGGAUGAUGCCAAAGCUCUGAUCAACCUCCUUCUGUCCAAACGGCCAUUGAUUCGGCCUAGCCUGGACGAAAUUCUUGCUCAUCCAUUCCUCUCCGAGCAUGCUCCGGAUCAACUAGCGAUUCUUAAGAUCCCCGGACCUUCACCCGCUGGGGUCAACAUUGAUGAAGUCAUUGAGAAUGUUCUAGCUCAACGAUGUGAUCCCUUGGCUGGAUGGUGGGCACUGUUAAUCGAAAAAGAGCAACGCAAAGAGCAGAAGCGCGAGCGGAAACGCCGGGAGAGGGAAGUCGAGGCCAAAAAUCUCCGCCGGCUGAGUGCUGCCAGCAGUCGAUUGGAGAAAUUAUCCUCAGCAUUGGUUGAGGUGGAUGAAGAAGGCCAAACGACCUCUGGCGCUCAACUGCAGGAUCGUGGCCGCCGUGACAGACGAAGCCUGCCAUCGCAGCUUGCAGUUCCCGAGCUCCCUGCACUCCCAGAGCCACUUCCUGGGCAGGCAUCUGAAUUGAGCACUUCACCCCUACCGAUUGAUAAAGAUAAGGAUGCCCGGUCUGUACGCUCGAAUACCUCAGCCUCGGCUUCGGUUCGCCGACGCCCGGUUCCACCUCCCAAAGAUAGGCGACGAUCAAGGCCAAGCAUGCUGCAUGUUAGUGCGUCCCAGCCAGAGCUUGCACAGCAUCAUAGUAUCUGGCGUCGCCGCACCAAUCGACGGCAUAACCCGAUCAUGAGCCAACUUGCGUCGUUGAAACAUUGGUUUGUUGAAUCUGCCAAGAGAGCCAAGUCCCCUAAUGCGAAGUCAACUAGUUCGCGCAAAUUCCUGGCAGAGAAAUUCAGCCCGGCAAAAAGCCAGGAAAGUGGGAAGAAAUCUGCCGCCUUACCAUCUCCUGUAGGCAAUACUCCUGGAGAGGUGAUGACACCCACUCAAGUCAAGCGGAUCUCCAAUGCAAGUAGUCUGGCCCCUAGUAGUGCCUCUUACCGUCAAAAUCGGCAUUCCUAUCCUCGCCAGCCUCGCCCAUUAAACACCGGGCAUUCCAGCAACCGAAACUCACUCUCCCCGUCACCCAUCACGCCUCGUGGUUCAUACCGGCGCUCAUCAGCGGGCUUGCGUGGCCGCAAGUCAACAUCCUCGUCCGUUUCGUCCAUUCGCAGCAUCCAUCACACUCGCGCCCAUUCCAAGGCAUCCUCAAUCUCCUCCAAUAGCAUUGACACUGUUUCAACACCAACAGCCAGAAUCUCGAAAUCUCCUCACUCCUCUAUCAAAGUUCUGCCCACCACUCCAGGCCCCUCCGCUCGCUUUCCCAGCAAUAUUCGACUUGUACGUGGCUCCAGCGGGACACACAGGGACACGGGGGAUAUAACUGGCCCGAUGCAGUCGUUCAAUGAAACAGCCCCAUCUCCUUUCCUCUAUUCACCGUCUUCGAGCCUGGUGUUUGCUCGUCGAAAGCGAUCAGCGUUCAAAGGUCCUAUGAUCCAUACUUCGAAUCUGCUCGUCUCUGGCGGUGUGGUUCAUUCGCCAGUCCCUGGACAAGCUGGAAAUAGCGGUGAGCCAAAUGCCGUUCAGGGACGACCUGCCGCACGAAAGAGCCAAAUUAUUGAAGAAGAGGAAGAUGACGAGAACUUUGAGGAAGAGAUUGAAGAGGUUGACGAGUUUGAUGAUCUGGAAGAAGACGCCGAGACUAUUCACGCCAUUGAAAGUGAACAACACAAGGAGGAUGUAGCUCAGGAGCCCGCUAUCCAGGCCACGGAUGCUGGUUCUCCUGUGUCGAGCGGCAAAGCACUCGACCCUGCCCCUGAGCUGGACACUGACAGUUCUCCGAGGCCUCCGCGAUCAUCUUCCUUACAAUCUCCACCACCCGAAGCGGCGAUAGCUCUCGCCACGGUGACCAAAGAGUCGACAAUGACUGAUAAUUGUGAUAAUGCCACUUUGAAGAAGACCUCAGAAGUGACUGGCGACGUGGAAACCAUUCCCGCUACUUCUUGA